UAGGACUCAUAACUAUUCACAGACUUUUUGUACAUUUUCCGUUUAUUUGUUUUUACGUUUUGCUUUAUUCAGUGUGAGAACCUUGUCAGCAAGCUAGCUUGUUUUGAAAAAAAUACCAAACAUUUGCUUAAAGUUUACGUCGCUUAGUAAGUGACGUUACUGUGUGACGCGAAGCAGUUAAGCGCCAAAGCCAAAAUGCCAUCGAAACGUUUUUGAAUAAGGAAUAAUUUACGAUGCAAAAGAAGCUCAAACAGAUCCGGAAAUUUAAAGAUGCCACCACACUCCGAAACAAAGAAAAACUGCAUACAGGAGAGGUUUUAAUAGUGUUUUCUGAGUCGAGCUGCUCUGGGGAUGAAGCUUUAUCUGAAGAUGAACCAGCGUCAUUGGUGGCGCAGAAGACAAAUGUUGCCUCUGGUGGCAACUCUAUUCGGCGAAAUAAACCACCUCCGGAGCUGAGGGAGACUUCGACCACCAAAGACAUUAAAAUAGCUCCAGUUUUCUUGCAUACUGCACGGCACAGGAAGACUAAACGGAGGAGCAACGGAAAGCUGGAUGAGCCAAAAGAGAGGUUGCAGAAAUCAGAGUUCCCUCCUCAGAGUGAGGACGUGCAGCAGGUAGAAAAUCACCAUCAUCAUGUUUCAGCAGUAUCCCCCCUGACACGGAGAGAGAAGUCCUGUAGAGGACAUCCAUCAGCCUCUGAUCUACACAUCUGCCUGGAAGAAAUCCAAACAUGUAACCCUGCAUUUCCAGUCCGAUCAGUGUUCACCACUUUGCAGAGGAAAGCAAGUGACCGACAGUCUUCUUCAUGCAAAGCAGAAAACUGUCCCAACAUCAGCUCAUUUCACUUAAAGGAAAAGAGAAAACAUAGGAAUGAGAGUUCAGAGAGGGUGCUCAAGCGUCUCAAGUCUGAGGGUACACGUGGUCACUGUCACAUACCAGCACAAGAUGUCCAGGAAAGUCCUGUCCUGAUGGCGAAGAAGCAGCCCAGAGGUAAUAGGCUAAGUCGCACCCACAGACUGAGGCAGCAGACUGGGAGCCCAUCAGGCCUGGUAACCCAUCAUGACUCAAACCUUGGACUGAUAAAUCACACAGAAUCUAACAGGCAGUCACUAAAAAUCCCAGAUAUUCCCCAAGAAGAUUUAAGUUGUGAAGAUGUCCUCUGGACAGACAAAUACAGUCCUCAGCAUUCAACUGAAGUCAUUGGUAACUCUGUGUCUGUGCAUAAGCUGCAAAAUUGGUUAAAGAAAUGGAAACUACGGGCUGACAAUGAGGAGAGAAGAAAGGUGGAGGAAAGGAAAGAGGCAAACAGACAUGGCUCAUGGGACUGUGGAGACUUCCUGGGGGAGGCAGAGACAGAUGAUGAGCCACUGUGUAACACCAUGCUGAUCACAGGACCUCCAGGUGUGGGCAAGACAGCCUCUGUGUAUGCCUGUGCUCAGGAGCUCGGCUUCAAGGUAUUUGAGGUCAACUGCUCCUCGCAGCGAAGUGGGCAUCAUGUCCUCUCCCAGUUGAAGGAGGCUACACAGUCCCACCUAGUGGAGACAUCAGAGAAGGACCCACUGAAACCAGCUUACUUCAACAACUACAACUGCACUCCCAAAGCUGACACUUUACCUGGAAAAACAGUGACUCCAAAAAAUGCCACGUCCUCCUCAAAAAAGAGAGCAGCACAAAGUUUGGGCUGCCCUCUUCGGAAAGGGAGAACUAAUCCAGCUGCGUUCACUUUAGCCAACUACUUUAAGACGAAGAAUAAAGUGGAUCUUUUACACUCUGGAGGCCCAUCUCCAACUGAAAAACCAGACGAAAAGAAAUCAGACAACCAAACAACGGGCUGCGAUCAAAGUGCACCACAGUACAAAAAAACAGCCACUUCACUCAUUCUAUUUGAAGAGGUCGAUGUCAUAUUUGAUGAUGAUUUUGGCUUCCUUGCAGCCAUCAAGACUUUUAUGACAACUACUAAAAGGCCUGUCAUUUUAACCACAAAUGAUCCUUUAUUUAGAGAGAGAUUCAAAUGCAGCAUGGAGGAAAUCACAUUCAAAGCUCCAUCAGAGGUGAAUGUGUGUACCUACCUGCAGCUGGUGGCUUUAUCUGAGAAUACGCAACUGCAGUUUGAUGAUGUUAGCAGCCUCCUUAGGCUGUCCAGAGGUGACGUCAGACGGUGCCUGCUGCAGCUGCAGCUGUGGGUGCAGAGCAGCCGAGGACAGGUAUCUAAGUCUGGAGGCCUCCCUAAGGAGUCAAUCAACGUGUAUUACCCGAGGGCUGCUGAAAGAGGGAACUACACAGACACAAAACUUCUACAAUUUGACACUGGCUGCACUGCAAGCAUGUUAGGACUCCACUCUGCAACCCUCAACAAACUGCAAAACCUGUUGUGGUUCUGUUCUGAAGCAGACAUGAAUGAGCUCCUGAGGCUGCUAGCUGAGAGCUGGAUAAGAGCUGUGCCUCUUCUCUACUCCAACUUGGAGCUCCUUCUGCCAUUUAGAGACAUGGGUACUUCAGGGCAUUCCCCCAACAGCAAGACUUGUUCUGGGCAGCAGAGUGAGCUCCCACCCUCUGACAUUUACCCUCACAUCCAGCAGCCCUAUGAAGUGUCAGCUACAGUCAGCAAAUCAUGCAGGACCAUUUCCAGGCUGAGCAGAAGAAAAUACACAACACCAGUGCUUGACACCAAAACAAAUGCUAGUUUAAGUAAAACUCCUCCAGAAACAUGGGCGUCACCAAAAAGUCCUCAUCAAACAGCCCAACAAUCAAGCGACACUACAGAAAAGAAUGCAGCUAAAUCAGUGACAGACUAUAUGGAAGCCUUGACCAACUUUUUUGACCUCAUGUCGUACAUUGAUGCAGCAUUUCCUGCUGACAUCCCUGCUGUGUCAGGCUCAUGCACACCCGAGGCGUUUGUCUGGACAGGAGCAGAGACAAAGGAUGGUAUGUUAGAUGAGAUGAGGGAGGAGGAAGAAGAGGAGGAGGGCUGCAGGAGAUGGAGCAAGGAGAGGCACAUGGACAUUCAGGCUGCUGUCGAGGUCCUGGGUUGUCAUAAGUGGCGGAUGCUUGAAACAAGGAGCAAAGCCCAAAAAUACAGGCAGGAACUGGGAGACACAGAACAGGGGAGUCUGGUGGAGAGACAAAGCCUUAGCUUUAGUUUCCCUUCUCUGUGUGCACCAAGUGUGACUCAAAGGAGAUAUGAGCUAAGCAAAAAGGUACUGUGUAGUAAAUCCUUCAGCUUGCUAGGGAACAGAAGAGCUGUCAGCAUCGACUACAUGCCUGUCCUCCGCUACAUUUGUAGCCAUCAGAGAAUGCAGCAACCAACAGAGAGGCCACGCAGGUGUCGAAACUACCUCAGCAGCAGCAGCCACCGCCUGGGCCUCUCAAAGUCAACCAUUCAACUCCUGAAAGAUUUCCCAUAAAGAAAAGUGGAAAAAGACAAUUCAGCCUCACACGUUUACUACCUCAC